AUGGUUGUCAGAAAGAACAGGGAGAUUUUGACUGGAGGGAAAAAGUAUGCCCAGAAGGCUGCUAAAAAACACAGAGUUGAAGAAGUGGUAUUCGACAAAGACUCCAGAGUUGAAUAUUUGACUGGGUUCCACAAGAGAAAGGUUCAGAGGCAGAAGAAGGCUCAAGAGUACAUCAAAGAACAAGAAAGAUUGUCCAGAAUUGAAGAAAGAAAGCAAAUCAGAGCCGAACGUAAGAAAGAUAUGGAAAAGCAACUUGAAGACUUCAACAGCACAGUGAAAAAGAUAACAUCCUAUGUGGAGAGCGAUGACGACGACUGGUCAGGUUUCAAUGACAAAACUGCUGAUAACGACAAAAACGAUGAUGGAAUUAAUGAAGAAGAAGAUGAUGAUGUUGAUGACGAUGGUGAAGAAGAUAAUGAUGGAGAAGAAAGAAGCAAGCCUCCUGCUCCCAAACCAAAGGGAAUCUUGCAUCAUACAGAAGUGUACAAACUAGACGAAACGACGGAAUUGUUGCCUGAAAGCAGUGCUAUAAUAGACGAUGAAACCACAGUAACUGUGGACUCGUUGGACAACCCAGCUAUAGUGAGUGCUCAACAGGCUAGCGUAGAAGCUCUUGCACGCAUGCAUAACGUCGAUCUUGGAAAAUCUGAAAAAGUGCUAGAAAACUCCAUAAAGAAAGCUAAAACCCACGCCAUUAUGGUUGGAGUGGCCAAACCAUCAGUUGGAGACAGAAUCAAGCAAAAGAAGAAGAAGUUCAGAUAUUUAUCGAAAGCAGAAAGAAGAGAGAAUACCAGAAAGGAAAGGUCGAAAGGAUAUUCCAGAGGGAAAGCCAAGAAAUAA